GCUUUUUCUUCUCAUACUACAAAUGUGUCAUUUAUUGGAUUAUUUCAUUGAAGUAAUUAUUAAAGACUCAAAAUGCAAAUUAUUAUUUUAGGUCAGAGCUGUAAUGCAUCUGCAAUAAAUGAGUCUCAAUCUGCCACAAGUUCUAAAAAAACCACCAAACCACAGUCACCUCCUUGGAUGUGUGAAAGCCUCUGCCUGCGUCCACGCACUACAGCUGUUUGCUUUAACCUCAUUCAAAGCUUACUGCUCCAGGCUGAUUUUAAUACAAGUAACACCAUUUGACGGGUUCUGUAUUGCUUAAAACAGGGAUCAUUAUUGGCACGUAACGAAUGGCCACAUCACGGAUGCUUAUCAGUGUACAGCGAUACGAGCCACACGGCUCCUAAGUGAUGCCAAACAAAAAAGGGAAGUUGGUUUGUUUCAAAAAUACCCACAAAAAAUGCUGCAACAACUCAUUCAAAACUACUGUGCUGUCUGGUAACGAGCAGCUGAUCUCAGACUGUCCUCAGGUCUGGCAGAGCAGCGCUGUGUGUGUGAGGACCGGGUCCCACGAGCUCAUUCACACGAGUCAUUAAAAGGUGCAAUGUGAGCAAGUCUCGUUUUAAGAAAUCGCCUCGUUUCAACACCACCACGAAGACAAAUGUUAGACACUCGCAGUGAGGUUACUGUAGAUGGAAAAGUCAGACUCUGGCUGUGUUGACGGAGCGCUGCCUUGACCUCCCUUGAUCUCCUGAAUUAAAUGUGAUCUAAGAAUUUUACCUCAGACUAAAAUCACAAUGAAUUUUUGCAUUUUUAAGAGCUCUCAAAAAAAACAAUUACCCGAUGGAAUAACUUCAAAAGAAAACAUGAACGACAACUAAAACUACACACCAUCAUAUCAAUGUGCUAAUACUAGUGUUUGCUUUCAGUUUGGAGAAGCAGAUGCCAUCUCCAGAGUUAAACUCUCCUUUUUGCCAGUGUUAUUCAGCUAUAGAGUGAGAGCAGGCACCGCUCACUGUGAGCCAUGCCUUAGUUCAGUGGCUGUAGCUUUACAUGCUGAGCUCCUCCGUUUCCUCACCCGUCAUCCUUCCAUCCACUAAGCUGCCACCAUCGUACAGAACCUCACUGACUUUGUGUGUCUUUCUCCGGUUGUCGUAUGUUAAAGCAAUAUUUUCAAAUGACAUCCACUAGACAGCAGCAGAGCGUUGGUGCACAUUGUGUCACACAACAACAACAAAAUCAAAGGAGGAGGAUGUGACAAGUGAUAUUUGCAAAACUGUCAAUGACACGCACUCCAUUCAGUUAAUGAUUAUGCAAACCACUUCCUAAGGAUCACAUGUUGUGGAGUCACUUGUGCAGUUCAAAAUAUUAAAAUAUUAAUAUUUAAAAAUAUUAAAUGGAAUAAAAUGACUUGUUUAUGUGCAAAGCAGAACCCCAGGUUUCCUGCGAAGGUCAAAGCCACACCUCUUUAAAGAAAGCAGACGACACCGAGCGAGGUUGUUCCUCUCUGCUCUACGAGCUGCCAGACGGCGGCUGCCUCAGCAUGCGGUGUCAUUUCAACGGGACCCUGCUGGUGGACGUGCUCCCUCCGCUGCUGCUGACGGAGUUCAUCCUGGGCGUGGCGGGGAACGGCCUGGCCCUCUGGAUCUUCUGCUUCCACCUGAAGCCCUGGAAGAGCAGCACGGUGCUGCUGUCCAACCUGGCCGUGGCCGACUUUCUGCUCAACAUGGUGCUGCCUUUGCGCGCCACCUACUACAUGUCUGGGCUGAGGUGGGGGCUCGGAGGGGCCCUGUGCAACCUCUGCCUCUUCAUGCUGGCCAUGAACCGCAGCGGGAGCGCCUUCUUCCUCAUGGCCAUCGCCGUGGACAGGUACAUGCGCGUGGUGCACCCCCACCAUCCCAUCAACUCGCUGAGCGUCUCCAAGGCCGUGCUCGGAGCCCUGGGACUGUGGCUGCUCACCAUCGCCAUGACGGCUCAUAUCUUCAGUCUGCAGCAUCGCAACUCCACCUACUGCGAGAGCUUCGUGGUUCAGACGGCGACUCAAAGUAACCUGAGCUGGCACAAGUUUGAGUUUCUCUUUUCCUUCUACAUUCCUCUGUUUGUGAUCCUCUACUGCACCGUUCGCAUCGUCCGCCACCUGAGAGGGAGACAGCUGGCCCAGCACGCCAAGAUCAGAAGAGCUCUGUUCUUCAUCAUAGUAGUGGUGCUCCUCUUCAGCAUCUGCUUCCUCCCCAGCAACAUCACACAGCUGCUGAUCUGGAUAAAAACGUACACCAUGGACCAAAAGUCCGAUGUGGAAAUCUGUUCAGACAUGGAGAACCUGACCACAGCCUUUUUCAUCACCAUCAGCCUGACCUAUCUCAACAGCGUCCUGGAUCCUGUGAUCUACUACUUCUCCAGCCCUGCCUUCAAGAACAUCUGCAGGAAGGCUCUCCAUCUGCCCCAAGCAGACGCGACUGAGAGUGCAGAGAAGAAAACCAGAGAAACGGCUUCACAGUCGCUCAGCCAGCUGUGAUCAAAGCCAAAACACAACAAGUUAUUCAGCUCAGUCAGUAAAGCUGUGAUCUAUGUUUAAGUGCUAAAGCUAAAAUGAUUAUUUUUGCUUCUAAUUAUCAGAUAUAUACUAAAAGCUGGUUUGAGCUUUGAGCGAAUGUAGAUUUGUAGUAGUUUUACAGUAAAAACAUUAAAAUUACUUUAAGAAAAAUAAGAAAUAUGAUUGAUUGAUUGAUUGAUUGAUUGUUUAUCAUAAUGAAAAGCAAAGUUGUUUCCGAGGAUCUUUUUCUUUGGGCGACAGAACUCUAGGUUUUCGUUCAUACAAUGUUAUCAUAGUUAUCAAGAAAUAAAGCUUUUUCUUCUCAUACUACAAAUGUGUCAUUUAUUGGAUUAUUUCAUUGAAGUAAUUAUUAAAGACUCAAAAUGCAAAUUAUUAUUUUAGGUCAGAGCUGUAAUGCAUCUGCAAUAAAUGAGUCUCAAUCUGCCACAAGUUCUAAAAAAACCACCAAACCACAGUCACCUCCUUGGAUGUGUGAAAGCCUCUGCCUGCGUCCACGCACUACAGCUGUUUGCUUUAACCUCAUUCAAAGCUUACUGCUCCAGGCUGAUUUUAAUACAAGUAACACCAUUUGACGGGUUCUGUAUUGCUUAAAACAGGGAUCAUUAUUGGCACGUAACGAAUGGCCACAUCACGGAUGCUUAUCAGUGUACAGCGAUACGAGCCACACGGCUCCUAAGUGAUGCCAAACAAAAAAGGGAAGUUGGUUUGUUUCAAAAAUACCCACAAAAAAUGCUGCAACAACUCAUUCAAAACUACUGUGCUGUCUGGUAACGAGCAGCUGAUCUCAGACUGUCCUCAGGUCUGGCAGAGCAGCGCUGUGUGUGUGAGGACCGGGUCCCACGAGCUCAUUCACACGAGUCAUUAAAAGGUGCAAU